GUUGAUUAAUAGUAUUUGCACGUUUUUGUUACAGAGAAGCCAUGGAGUCAGCUAAUGACAGCACAAUUUCACAGCAAUGGUCAGAGAAGGAAGAGCCAGAGCCACCUCCUCUAGAAAGGACAGACAGCGUAUUCUUAACCAAGAAGAUGCUGAACAUUACUGAGACUGAGUCCUCCAGCAGUGAAAGUGUAAGUGACGAGGACAAGGAGUAUGUCCCUCAAAAAUCGGAGGAAUCAGAUGGCUCCUCUGAUGAAGAGCCUUUGAAAGUGCCGGUGAGUUACUUUAAAUGUGUGAGAACCUUGAAUGUCUUACCUGCUGAAGUCACACUGUGAAGAUCUGCUCUUGUAGUUUGUUAGUAGAAUACGACAAAUGGUCUUGCAAUUUAAAAUGUGUCUAUAUUGUCUUGUCACAUGUGCAUGCACAAUUUACAGUUUGCUUUUGUUCUUGCCGAUUUGCUUUCAAGAUUCCACCCAGAAAAGUGUACAAGAGGGUCAGACAACUGCCAGAGGAAAGUGAAAGUGCAGUGGAGAGUAGCAGUACUUCCGUGGUUGUAAUGAACGUAAAAAAACGGAAGGAUGGGACAAAAAAGUACCAUCAGAAAAGAAACUACUGCCUUUUUUGUGAUAAAUGUUCCCCAAAGCUUGCGCGCCAUCUCGAACAGAGGCAUGCUGAUGAGGCAGAAGUGGCCAGAGCACUGGCAUGUCCAAAAAGAUCUAAGGAAAGAAGGCUGCAGUUAGACUGUUUACGGAAAAGGGGGAACCGAGCCCAUAACGUAGAGGCACUUAGAGAAGGGAAAGGUGUGGUAGUGCCUUGCAAACAAUCCAGUGGUGCCAAUGCAGAUGCCUCAGACUAUCACCACUGUCCCAAUUGUCAAGGACUUUUCAAAAAGAAGUUCAUGUGGAAGCAUAUGAAACGGUGUGCUCUUUCACAGAAAUGCAGUAAAGCCAAGCCAGGAAAAACGCGAGUUCAGUCUUUGUGUGCAUUUGCUCAGCCAGUUCCUGCUGGUGUGACAACCAAAGCAUGGAAAAUGAUAAGUAACAUGUGCCAGGACAAGAUCGCACAGGCAGUUCAAAAAGACAGAUGCAUAAUUGCUCUAGCACAGCAAAUGCUAAACAAGAAAGGAGCGUCACAGGAUGAGCAUAUCCGCGCAACGCUACGAGAGCUUGGAAGAUUAUUGCUGGCUGGACAGGAGGUCACUCCUCUGAAUUGACGAGUAUUGAGCAGUAUGUCAUGCCAUCAAAUUUCCAUCAUUUAAUCAGAGCAGUAAAGGUUGUUGCAGGUUAUGACGAGAACACCAACACCAUCAAAAAGUCAUCUCUGGCACUAAAACUGGGACAUAGCAUAAAGAAAGUAGCAGACCUUGUUGCAUGUGAAGCCCUCAUAUCAGGAAAUCAAGACAAAGCAAAGCUGAUUGAAAACUUCCGCGAGAUAUAUAGAACCCGGUGGAAUGAGUUCAUUUCUGCGUCUGCUUACCGAACACUGCAGGAAGCUAAAUGGAAUGCGCCUCAGCUUAUUCCAUUUACUGAUGACGUCAAAAAGUUGCACCUUCAUCUGGAUGAGAAACAGGAGGAGUACUCCAACGUGCUUUCCGGUGACCAGACGCCAAGAAACUGGACCAAUCUCGCCAAAGUGAUCCUUGCCAAAGUUAUCCUGUUCAAUCGGCGUCGACAAGGAGAGGUUUCCAAGAUGUUGUUGACGACCUACUUGUCCAGGGUGUCAACACCUGUACAUGAUGACAUCGCUCAUGCCUUAUCGGAGGUGGAAAAAAUGCUAUGCAAAUACUUUUCACGCAUGGAAGUAAGAGGGAAAAGAGGAAGGAAGGUGCCGGUGCUAUUGACCCCUGCUAUGGUCAAGUCAUUGGAUCUGCUUGCAAAGGAGAGAUCAAAUUGCGGGAUCCUACCUGACAAUGACUUCUUAUUCGCCAGGCCUGGCAGUGCAUCUCACUUAAAGGGGUCAGACUGCAUUCGUGUCUACGCAAGAGAAUGUGGAGCUGAGCAGCCGCAGACCCUCUCUUCGACGAAACUCAGAAAGCAAGUGUCCACCUUGAGCAAGGUGCUGAACCUUACAGACACCGAACUUGAUCAGUUGGCAGAGUUUUUAGGGCACGACAUAAGAAUCCACAGGCAGUAUUACCGCUUGCCAGAGGGGACUCUGCAAUUAGCCAAAAUAAGCAAAAUUCUGAUGGCAUGCGAGCAGGGAAAGUUGGCAGACUUCAAAGGGAAAACAUUGGAAGAGAUUACCAUAGAGCCCAGAGAAACUGUUCAGACAAUAACAGAAGAGUUGGAUGAUGAAGAAGAGAGUCUGAAUGAAGAGUCUAUUGAGGCCAGUGGUAAGGAAUUUGUAUUUGACUGUAAAUAAUGUAUCAGUAGUGGAUAGGAAGAGGUCUUUACUGAAACAGAAUAACAACAGUAGAAGAGAAUGGAAAUGCCAAUAUUGUCUACAUGAUUGAUUACAAACUUCUAAGUAGAUGAACAUGAUACCCAUGUUGUUUUUUCAGGAUCCAGCUCCUCUGUGAGUCGUAUGACAAGUCAAGAAGAUUAUGGUAUGUACUUGGAAACAGAAUGAUUGUUUUUUCAUUUCAGGAAGUUUCCAACAUUUCAGGGUAUUUUGAAAAUGUUGUAUUUCCUCUAGACUCAUCGGUGCCACCGAGCCAAUUCAGUGCAGAUGUUUCAGGUAAUGUACUGAAACAAUUUAUAUCGUUUUGUCUUAUGUUUCAAAUAAUAACUGCAUGCAUUAAUAUGUAAUUGGGGGUGGGUGAUUUCAGGAUAAGGAAAAUAUUUUUAAAAAGUGUGUUCUCUAAUUUACUACCGCCUAACCAAAAGUAUUUUUAAUGCAAGGUUAAGGAGCAGACUUUUAGUCAACCUCUUAAAGAAUGGUGGGAAGCAAUUUAUUUUGCUUCUGACCUUUGCUUCUGACAUUUGUUUUAGUAUUUUAUAUGUUGUUAAUUAUUAAGUAGUUUUGAUUGGCUGUAAAUUAACUAGUGUGAGGUUGUGGAUAGUUAAUGAAGGUCUUAUUCUUUUGCACUUUUCCUAUGUCAGAAUCAACUUCAUCUUCAGAACUUUUGCUGCAGCCUUCUGACUCAGGUAUUGUCCUCAAAAAAGUGCUGUAAAUUAAUUUCCUUAGAACACAGAAUUUAAAGUAAACAGAAUUAAUAUGAAAUUCACUUUUGAGAAAAACUAUUGUGCGUAUACUUGGGUUAUUCUUCCUUGUUUUUCUAGACUCAUCAGUGCGACCCCAGCGCUGUUCCACCCCAAAACGAUCAUCAGCUUUUAAACCUUCAUCUUCAUCAUCAGACAGCAGAGGUAUUUUAGGAAAUGUCUUCCUAAGAAGGUCUGUAUUUUGCACCAUUAAAUUAUAUGGACAUUAAUUAUCUUUCCACUAUUCUUUUCUCUACAUUUUGUCUCAGUCUCACAAAGAUCAACCAGUUCAGCAGAAAAGAAGCCUAAAACAACUCAUUCAGGUAUGGAAUGUAAGGGUUCAUGUCUGCCUUCAUGGUUUCCUGUUAGUUAGAUAAUUCUAACUGCAAAUCAACACUUUAUAAGUUAAAAAGCUGAUAAGGUCUUUGUCAGGAGUACUGCUAUUGAAUACUAUGUUACCUUGGUGCUCUUAGGCUUAGGAAUUGCAGACAUAGAUUGUGUAAAAAAAUAUAGAGACACAGAAAGCCUUUAAUUCAUUUUUUGUUUUUGUUGUUUUGGCCUACUCAACAAUGCGUUUGAGCAAUUGAAAUAUUUUUGUCACUCAAAUUUUAAAGCAGGUGAAUCAAAUGAUCAAUAAAAUAAGUUAAAUCUUAAGUAAACUGUAAUGUUGUUUCAAUAAGGACUAGGUAAAGAAAGUUCAGUAAGGUUGUUGAGCAAGAGAGAAACGUUUGUGAUCAUGAUUUACAAGUGUUAUCUAAAUGUUGUGUCUUUCAGACCCGGCACCAAGUUCCCAAAAAAAAAAAUGGAGUGACAAGGAAGUUGCUGCUGUGGAGUCGCAAAUGGGAAGGUACUGACUGAUUGACCUGAUUCUAACUUUUUUCUUGAUAAGUUGCCCACUUGCCCACUCACUACACGAUAGUUGCGUUUCAAUCCAACUGAUGCAAAUUAGUGAUGCGCAUCCGUGGUAAUGCACAUAAAUAAAAUGUGCAUUAAUCACCGUUUCCAACACCUGUUGACAGGGACGUUGGAAGUAUUUUCUGACGGGGGAUGGUGUCAGUGGUGGUCCGGGCGUACAUUUUGACAUUGGUUUACUAUCUGUCUGUCUUGUUGCUUGUAUGUUGUGCAUGGGGGAAAUAUUGAAGCUGUCUCA